AUGGCUGCAACUACUUGGACGCUCGCUAAUCCCCAGGUGCGUGUGUUGUUAGUGCGAGAUCCAAUAAAGGAGGACCCGAACCAGGAUAAGGAGAAGGUGCUGUUUGGUGCUCUGCUUUCCUUUUUCUGCCACUGCACGUUAGUGGAAAGUGAGUUUGUGCACGUCUCUGUUUUGUUAGCGUUGGGAACCAUUCCAUUCCGAAGGUUCUCAAGAAGUGCAGCCUAUUCUGGAAAACAUUGA